AUGAAGACUAAGGCUUUCUUCAAUGAUCCGACUCGCAUAGUCGAUCAUAUGUGUAAAUCGCUGGCGCAGCAAAAUCCCAGUUUGCGUUAUGAUUCUACCAACAAAGUUCUUUACCGUCCAAUCAAUCAAAGCAAAUCAAAAGUCAGCAUUAUCAGUGGAGGUGGCUCCGGACAUGAGCCUGCACAUGCAGGAUAUGUCUGUGAAGGAAUGCUUGACGCGGCAGUCUGCGGAAGAGUUUUCGCCUCCCCUAACUUCGACCAAAUUAUUUCUGCUCUGGAAAGAGUGUCAACACCUCAAGGAAUUCUGAUCGUCGUGAAGAAUUAUACUGGUGAUAGACUCAACUUUGGUCUUGCUGCCGAGACAUACCAAGCUCAGACCGGAGUCCCGACUCAUAUCGUCACAGUAGCGGAUGAUGUCUCUGUGCCAUAUUCACGAGGAAAACUCGUGGGUCGUCGAGGUUUGGCCGGUGCUGUGUUGAUUCACAAGGUCAGUGGCGCUGCUGCAGCUCGUGGAUUUGACUUGUCCGAUGUCGCCAAGAUUGCUCAACAUGUAUCGGAUAACAUGGGAACAAUCGGAUGUUCUCUGGACUAUGCCAAUCUCCCUGGUGGUGUGGAUCAACCAUCUAUCCCGGAAAAUACUCUUGAACUGGGCAUGGGUAUUCACAAUGAGCCUGGUGCUCAGCGAAUCUCACCACAGCCUACCAUUGAACAGCUCGUGAGCAAUAUGGUCAAGCUUCUGCUCAAUGAAGAUGAUCCCGAGCACGGAUUUCUGAAGUUUCAUGGCAUUCCUCACAAAGAUGCACCGUUAGUUCUGAUGAUCAACAAUUUGGGUGGUCUUUCUGUUCUGGAAUUACAGGCCAUUGCCAACGUCGUGCUGGAAUGUCUGAGGGAUGAGUAUGAAAUCCGUCCCGUACGAAUCUACGUCAACACAUACUUGACUGCUUUGGACGCACCGGGAUUUAACAUCACUCUCGCCAAUUUCACUCCUCAACUAUUCCCCUCCAUUGAUUUGUUGUCCCUGCUGGAUCAGCCAGUCAAGUCGAAUGUUUGGGCAUCGUGCCAGCCUUUAGAGGCUGCAGAGCGAUCACUAACACCCGAGGAGAAUCAGCGCGCUCCAUCGCCCAAAAUGAAGGAGGAAAUCCCAUGUGACAAACAAUUCUUUAGUACCAUUCUCGCCAAAAUUCUGGAACAAGUCAAACUAGACGAACCAAAGCUCACAGAAUACGAUACACUCAUGGGUGACGGUGACUGUGGAACGACCCUUCUCGCAGGAGCCAAAGCCGCAUAUGCUAUAACCGAGCAAAGUGGCGAGAGCCUCUCCAGCCUAUCCAAGGGCCUUAUGAAAGUUGCAUCCUCCGUGCGCAGCGGUAUGGGCGGCACAUCGGGCGCUCUUUACGGAAUUUUCCUGAACUCAUUUGUUUCGGCCGUUCAAAAGAACUACGCGGAGACCAAGCAAGUCAAUGUUCAGCUUUUCGCUAAGAGUGCGAACUCCGCAUUGGAAUCUCUUAAGGCGUAUACCAAUGCUCGUGAGAACAGUCGUACACUGAUGGAUGCGCUCAUCCCAUUCAUCAAUGAGCUUUCAAAUGCGGUAUCUACUGAUAAUGAGAGUGCUGCAAAUGCUUUGCAGAGAGCAUUGAAGGCUUCGGAGCAGGGAGCUGAGGCGACUAAGUGGAUGGUAUCUUCAUUUGGUCGAUCGACUUAUGUCGGUGCUAGUGAGGGAGACGAUAAUCCUACUAAGGGUAUCCCUGACCCUGGUGCUUGUGGGAUUGUGUCUAUUAUUCAGGGUAUGAAUAGUGCGUUCAAAGUCUGA